UCUUCAGGAGGGCGGAGUCUGUGCGGCGGAAGUGUUUCUGUAGGACUUUAUAAAACGCCUUUCUUUAUGUUUUUAACAUUAAACCUUGCUGUUCUUCGGUCAGAUAGCGGCUGUGUCGUAAUCUCGUCCAGUUCAAAUAAUGUCGGAGUCCAUAAAGAAUGUCGCGAUAUUUGGAGCCACGGGAAUGACCGGGCUGGCGACGCUGCCGCAAGCCGUGGCUGCAGGAUACAGCGUGACCGUCCUGGUGCGGGACGCAUCCAAGCUGCCGGCGGACCACAAGGCGUCCAGAGUGGUGGUGGGUGACGUCCUGAAUAAAGACGACGUGAGGAAGACUCUGGAAGGCCAGGACGCAGUCAUCAUCAUCCUGGGAACCAGGAGUGACCUCAGCCCAACCACCAUGAUGUCUGAAGGCACCAAGAACAUCGUGGAGGCCAUGAAGGCACGAGGAAUCCGCAAAGUCAUCGGCUGCAUGUCAGCGUUCCUCCUGUGGGAUCGCGCCAAAGUCCCGCCUCGUCUGGUCCCAGUGACGGAGGAUCAUGACCGGAUGUACACGGUUCUGAAAACGUCCGGGCUCGACUACGUGGCUGUUAUGCCUCCUCACAUUGCCAGCGACCUUCCUCUGACGGAGCGCUACAUGGCGACAGAAAACAUGCUUAAAGGACGAGCCAUCUCCAAGCACGAUCUGGGACAUUUCUUUGUCAAGUGUCUGUCCACAUCGGAGUGGGACAGAAAGACUGUGGGAGUCUGGGGAGAAUACAAAUAAUCCCAGAAAACUCUCUGCAGAUGCUUCCAAUUUUUUACUAUUUACACUAAAAAACUAAAUAGAAAAGGGAACAUUAA